GAGGACAGCGCGGACCUGAAGUGCCAGCUGCAUUUUGCCAAGGAGGAGUCGGCCCUGAUGUGCAAGAAGCUGACCAAGCUGGCCAAAGAGAAUGACGGCAUGAAGGAGGAGCUGCUGAAGUACAGGUCCCUGUAUGGGGACCUCGACAGCUCCCUCUCCGUGGAGGAGCUGGCUGACUCUCCCCAUUCCCGGGAGGCCGAGUUGAAGGUCCACCUCAAGCUGGUGGAGGAGGAAGCCAACAUCCUCAGCCGGAGGAUAGUGGAGCUGGAGGUGGAAAACCGCGGGCUGCGGGCGGAGAUGGACGACAUGAAGGGCCAGGGGGACAGAGAGCUGCCAGGGCAGGACGCGCGGUUCCUGGCGGGCAUCUCGGGCUGCGGGGACACGGGGGACACGGUGGCAGAGCUGCGCCGGCACCUGCAGUUUGUGGAGGAGGAGGCCGAGCUGCUGAGGCGCUCGCUGCUGGAGCUGGAGGACCAGAACAAGCUCCUCCUGAACGAGCUGACCAAGUACAAGUCGGACCAUGAGCUGGACGUGACGCUGUCGGAGGACAGCUGCUCAGUGGUCAGCGAGCCCUCGCAGGAGGAGCUGGCCACGGCCAAGGUGCAGAUCAGCGAGCUGAGCGGCAAGGUGAAGAAGCUGCAGUACGAGAACCGCGUACUGCUCUCCAACCUCCAGCGCUGCGACCUGGCCUCCUGCCAGACCACCCGGCCCAUGCUGGAGACCGACGCCGAGGCCGGCGACUCGGCGCAGUGCGUCCCCACCACCGGCUGGAGGGACGGCAUGUGCAGCGGUGAAGCUGAUGGGCAGGACAGGGUGCCCAGCGGUGGGAAGGUGCCCGAUGGUCCCGCCAAGCUGCUCAAGCCCAAGGACCUGGAGACCUUGCUGGGCAUCCGGGACCAGGCGGCACUCGUCAGCAAAGCAAUCGACGUCUUGAUUUCGGAUGCCAACGGCUUCACCUCCGGCCUGAAGGCUUGUUUGGACAACGAGUGCGUGGGGGGGCUGCUGGUGGAGUCGGUGGGUAGUGGCGGCGAGAGCCCCAGCGAUGCCAAGCUGAUGAACGUGCUCCUCAUGCGGCUGGGCGUGCUCCAGCAGGACCUGGGCUGCUUCGCGAGGAAGGUGGACCACCUCACCAGCGGCCUCAAGGCGCACACGGACUAUUUCACCUUCUCCGGCCCCGGCAGCCACGACGCCACCAAAGAGGGGCUGCAGAAGGAGCAUGCCUCCGAUUUCCAGCAGCCUGAUUUUAGGGACGCCGACCCUUACCGCAUCCCCCACGCCAAGGACACAGACCCCACGCAUCCCCGGAGCUACAAAACCUGCCGGCCUGAGGAGAAUGACUCCUACGCCACUGAGAUGAAGGAGCUGCAGCUGGUGCUGUCGGAGGCCAACGAGAGCCUGCGGGGACUGCAGGAGCAGCUCUCACAGGAGAGGCAGCUGAGGAAGGACGAGGUGGACAACUUCUCACAGAAGAUCUGCCAGCUGAAGGAGGACCACCAGAAAGCACUGCUGCGGCGGGAGUUCGAGCUGCAGAGCCUGAACCUGCAGAGGCGGCUGGAGCAGAAGUUCUGGAGCCAGGAGAAGAACCUGCUGGUGCAGGAGUCCCAGCAGUUCAGGCAGAGCUUCCUCCUGCUCUUCAUGAAGCUCAAGUGGUUCCUCAAGCGCUGGCGCCAGGGCAAGAUGGUGCACAGCGAGGGCGAGGACUUUUUGGAGGUACUGUGG